CGUGGCCAAUGAUCUGCAAGUAGAAUAACUAAAGUAGAGACAGAGGAGAGAUUUCAUAAAUGCUCUCCGCAGGCCGACAGUGAGGAUGAGCGCAGCAGCACAGCCGGAUAUGAAGCAAGAGGUGAUGAAGAGCGGCAGCCAGGUGGUUUAGUCCAUUUAUUAAUUUUGUCCAUUAGUCCGGGUCAUUUCAUUGAUGCACCGGCGGCGGCGGCGGCGGCGGCGGCUCGGUACAGGCCAUCAGGAAACACGCUCCGUCCUCAAUAUGCUGCCGAAACCCGAGGCGCUGCAGCGGCGGAGCGGAUUCAUGGGACGCGCGCAUUGAAAGACCCGUCCGCGCCUCCUCCUCCUCCUCCUCCUCCUCCCCCUCCUCCUCCUCCUCCUCCUCCCCGGGGGUGUGUGGAGGAGAGAGCGCUUCCAGCCCCGCAGCCGCCGAUGCCCGGAGGAGGCGAGCAGCCCGCGCGCACGACGGGGACGGGAGCGGCGGCGGUACCCAGCAGGCGUCGGUGUGUCUGAUCCGGGCUCCGGCUCCGCCGAGGUUAUGGGCUGCGCUCCCAGCAUCCACGUCUCUCAGAGCGGGGUGAUCUACUGCCGGGACUCCGACGAGUCCAACUCCCCCCACCAGACCACCACCAUCUCCCAGGGCACCGCGGCCACGCUGCACGGGCUCUUCAUCAAGACCGACGCGGCGGAGACCAUCCCGUCCGUCAUCACCUACCAGAGCCGCCACUCGCGCAACAACUCGUGCCGGGAUCGGAAGGAGAACAGCGGGGGGCACGUCCGCAUCGAGGCCGAGACGCAGACCAGCCACACCAGCGUCAAGGUCUCAUCCACAGAAGAAUGUGUAGGACCUAUGAGACUGACCCAAGAGCCCAUUCAGGUCCUGCUGGUGUUCGCCAAGGAGGACAGCCAGAGCGACGCCUUCUGGUGGGCGUGCGACCGCGCCGGCUUCAGGUGCAACAUCGCCCGCACGCCCGAGUCUGCGGUGGAAUGCUUCCUCGACAAGCAUCACGAGAUCAUCGUCAUCGACGGGCGCCACUCACGCUACUUUGAGCCCGAGGCGGUCUGCCGGAUGAUCCGUGCCACAAAGCCGUCUGAGAACACGGUCAUUCUCGCCGUUCUUCCACAAAAACCGCCGGACCAGGAGGAGCCAUCUGUUCUUCCUCUCCUCUGUGCUGGAUUCAGCAGAAGGUUUGUGGAGAACAGCAGCGUGUCGGCCUGCUACAACGAGCUCAUCCAGAUUGAACAUGGAGAGGUGCGCUGUCAGUUCAAACUCAGGGCUUGUAACUCAGUCUUCACUGCUCUGGAGCACUGUCAGGAAGCUGUGGAGAUCACCAGUGAAGACCACAUCAUACAGUAUGUGAACCCAGCGUUCGAGCGGAUGAUGGGCUAUCAUAAGGGGGAGCUGAUCGGGAAGGAGCUGACCGAACUUCCCAAGAGCGACAAGAACCGAGCGGACCUGCUGGACACCAUCAACACCUGCAUCAAAAAAGGAAAGGAAUGGCAAGGUAUUUACUACGCCAGGAAGAAGACGGGCGACAGUAUACAGCAGCACGUGAAGAUAACGCCAGUCAUCGGCCAGGGAGGGAAAAUUCGCCAUUUUGUAGCUAUCAAGAGGCCUCAUAUUGACAACAACAAUCAGGUCCACAAGUCCAACAAAGACGAGCGGUGCAGCGGGGAGCAUUCUCAGUCCGAGUGCCAUUCUCUACGUCACCGAGACCGCAGGAAAGACUCCAUGGACGCCAGAUCGCUCAGCUCCCGCGGCAGUGACGCUCCCAGUUUACAGAAUCGAAGAUAUUCCUCAGUCGCCCGGAUUCAUUCAAUGACAAUCGAGGCUCCCAUCACAAAGGUAAUAAACAUCAUCAACGCCGCCCAGGAGAGCAGCCCGGUCACCGUGGCCGAGGCGCUGGACCGCGUGCUGGAGAUCCUGAGAACCACGGAGCUCUACUCCCCUCAGCUCGCCUCCAAAGAGGACGACCCCCACACCAACGACCUAGUCGGGGGGCUCAUGAGUGAUGGGCUGCGGCGACUCUCGGGGAAUGAAUAUGUUUUCUGUAAAAAUAUGAGCCAGAGCCAGCUGGCCAUUCCAGUCACUCUGAACGACGUCCCUCCGUCCAUCGCCGAGAUGCUGAAUGAUGAGGAGUGCUGGGAGUUCAACAUCCUGGAGCUGGAGGCGGCCACGCACAAAAGACCUCUCACGUACCUGGGCCUGAAGAUUUUCACCAGCUUCGGCGUGUGUGACUUCUUGAACUGCUCGGAGGCGAUGCUGCGCUCCUGGCUGCAGCUGAUCGAGGCCAGUUACCACUCCUCCAACUCCUACCACAACUCCACGCACGCCGCCGACGUGCUGCACGCCACCGCGUACUUCCUACGCAAGGAGAGAGUCAAGAGCAGUCUGGACCAGCUGGACGAGGUGGCGGCGCUGAUCGCGGCGACGGUGCACGACGUGGACCACCCGGGCCGCACCAACUCCUUCCUGUGCAACGCCGGCAGCGAGCUGGCCAUCCUGUACAACGACACGGCCGUCCUGGAGAGCCACCACGCCGCCCUCGCCUUCCAGCUCACCGUCCGGGACGGCAAGAGCAACAUCUUCAAGAACAUCGACAGGAAUCAGUUCCGGACGCUGCGGCAGGCCAUCAUCGACAUGGUGCUGGCCACGGAGAUGACCAGACACUUUGAGCACGUCAGCAAGUUCGUCAACAGCAUCAACAAGCCGAUGGCGGCCAUCGAGGAGACCAGCACGAGUAGCAUAAACAGCGACUGCGAGGGUCAGGCCAACAUCAGGAACUCCCCAGAGAACCGCCUGCUGAUAAAAAGGAUGCUGAUCAAGUGUGCAGAUGUGGCAAACCCCUGCAGACCCCUGGAGCUCUGCAUCGAGUGGGCCGGACGGAUCUCCGAGGAGUACUUUGCGCAGACGGACGAGGAGAAGAGACAGGGGCUGCCGGUGGUGAUGCCAGUGUUCGACAGGAACACCUGCAGCGUUCCCAAAUCGCAGAUUUCCUUCAUAGACUACUUCAUCACCGACAUGUUCGACGCCUGGGAUGCCUUUGCCAGCCUGCCGGGUUUGAUGGAGCACCUGUCGGAGAACUACAAGUACUGGAAGAACUUGGACGAGAUGAAGUGUAAGAGCCUGCGCCCGCCGCCUCCGUCCUGACCGCGCCGCCGUCGCCUCCUGGCGCCCGUCGGUCCGGGCAGGGCAGGACAGUGAACGCAGCGCCGCGAGCGGGACGGUUCGGCCAUCUUCGGCGGAGCUCCGCGAACCUCCCGGGACCCGGUCGGCGGUCCGGCGGCGGCGGGCGGGGGAGGGGGACUCCGGGAGCCGACGCCGGGGGGGAAACCGUCUCCGUCUCAAAUCACAGCCUCUUUUCUCGUGUGGCUCCAGCUGGACGCGGCGUCCCGCCAGCGGAGAACAGGUUGUCAUUUGAGCCCCACCCCCCCACCCCUCCGUUGUCACUUUAUGACCCCCGUGAAGUAUUCCUUAGAGCACCUCUAUGAAACUGUGGCCCUCGCGGCCCUCGUGACAAUCUGUACCGUACAGUGUAACGCGCAGGAAAACCUGCACUUCAGCGGAUCCAGAUAUUUUUUUCCUUCUCUGCUCUUUAUUUUGCUUGUUUUUUGCUUUUCACAGUUUAAAAAAACACUUUUUCAUGAUAUUUCUGUACAUGUUGGUAAAAGAUAUAUGAAGGAGAAGCUGCAGGCACGGACUGUAAAUGUGAGUGAGGGCGCCUCGUCCAGCCUCCUUUUCAAGUGGCCAACUCGUCAGAUUUCACGGAUUUCAGUGUGAGAAACUCUCUGACCUGCGUCUAGGACCAAAUUGCUAACAAUCCCUGAUUUCCGCAGGAAAAAGAUUUAAUAAUAAGGAACUCUGCGCGCGGUUGGCCGAGCAGGAUGAUGCAGUACCAGGUUUUCUAAAGACCCAGCCUCACAGACUGAGGUGCCGUCGAAGGAGGGCUGCUCAACGUCUACUUUAUACUUUUUUGGUUUUUUUUGGGGGGGUGUUUAUUGCUGGAUUUUUACAUCAUGUAGCUGCAGGAUCGAUUGUUAAACGUCUCACCAGGUUAAAACUCACUGUUGUACUUUCUUCUCGAUCACCAUUCUUUGUGCACUGUGAAAGCAGCCAGUUGAGCGUAACGUCAGAACAGCCCUACUUGCACUGUAUCAGAGCUGUUUAGCAAUCAGACACUACAUCCAUAGCUUCGUGACACUAACUGUAGACACUUACACCCAGAGGAGAAAAUAAUAAAUGAAUGAAUAAUUUAAGGACACUGGCUGUAGUGACGUUAAGCAAACCCAGUGAAGUAUUUGUGGUGGAGUGUGGACUGCCGAUCCACGCCUCCUCCGGCUCUGCCUCUCGCCGUAGCUUCUGUUCACUUUUACUGCGUCUGUGCGUUCACCUUCCACUCACUCUGUGAAUCAUUUCAGCUCAAAUAAUUUUUAUUAUCAUAAAACGACCCGAACAAUCAGUGGAGAAGACAGACUCCCUCUCACCUGGAGGAAAAUCUCCAGCGCAUCUCCUCCUACGACCAGACGGCCAGAGAAAGAUUUAAAUGCAAUCUACAGUGUAUUUACAAUAAAUAUCAGCUUUAAAUGUAAAAAGAAGAAGCUUCUAAAAGCCUAAAAACGGGCUCAGAGGCCACAUUGUGGCAUCGCACACCACCGAUCUGCAGGCGUCGGAAAGAAGUCAGAAAAUUAGGGCAUAUAGAAAAAAAAAGUAGAUUAGAGAGUAGAUCAUAGAAUUCCUUUGAGGUGCUUGCCCCCUGCUGGCUCUGUGAAAGUAUUUCGUAUAGACGUGCGCACAUAAAGCUGUGUAUUAUCUAUUAGAGAAGUAAGAACUGACCCACUAUCUUUCCAAACAGAAACGACAUUAAAUCAGCUUUUUUUUCUGCAUCACUUUCCUCAAGUUUUCACUUGCGAAGGUGUUGAAACCACCGCUGCUGGCCCUGCGUCUGUAAAGUUUCACCUUUCAAUUAGAAAUCAAAAUAGGAAAUUUCUGAGUGAACCACAGCUGCGCAGAGAUUAUGUAGUUUCAUUAAAAUGUGUCGGCGGUUCCAUAUUUCCAUCCACGUGGAGGUUGGUAGUGAAGUAGGAGGACAUGUAGCUCUGUGUGUAGAAUAUGUGUGUUUUUAACCCCGAGGACACACACACUGCAGUGUUAACCAAAGGCACAGAGAGCUUAUUACAGGUGCCUUAUUUUUUCAUUCUCUUUUACAGAAACUUAGCUGUUUUGGUUGCGACGGCUCCUCCACUCCUGUAUAAGCUAAAAGAAAAAAAAAAAAAAAAAAGCAAGAAAAGCCAUAUGUGUUCUAGAUAUUUUUCAAAAAAACAAA